GUAGUUUCCUCUGAUUUGUAUAUUACUGGACUUUGAAUUGAAGAUGGGGAGUAGAUAUUAUAAACUGAUUUAUUUUAUGACUCUUACUUUGCUUCUGAGUGCUUGGGCUUCAGAAGAAAAAAGAGGAAGGCCAGGGCAGAAUGAGGAAGACAAGACAUCCGUAGGAGAGGAUAGUUUUGAUCAAGAUGAUUCACAAGAAAGCACGCAGCAAGAAGAACUCCUCACUCUGGAAUAUGAAGAUAAAGGAUCCAUGGGCACACAAACUACAAGUCAUUUGCCCUUCACAGAUGUGCCCAAUUCUUCACUGGCUGAAAUUGGAAACAGCACUGACAUGACUGCUAAACAUGUCCCUAGUAGCAAUCCAACAAAAAGGAGCAUCACAAAAAUCCACAAUCCUUUGUUUCCCGUCACUGACAGCUCUUACAGCGCCUAUGGGAUUCUCUUUCUGGCUUUUGUGGUGUUUGCCUUCGGCAUCGUGGGUAAUCUGGCGGUAAUGUGCAUUGUUUGGCAAAAUUACUUCAUGAGGAGCGCAUGGAACUACUUUCUUGCGAGUCUGGCUUUUUGGGAUUUUCUGGUGUUGUGCUUCUGUUUGCCUGUGGUGGUCUUUAACGAACUCACCAAUAAGAGACUGCUGGGGGAUUUCUCUUGCAGAGUUGUGCCUUACAUAGAGGUAACAUCUCUUGGUGUGACAACCUUCAGUCUGUGUGCUUUGGGCAUUGACCGUUUCUACGCUGCCACAAGCUCCCUGCCAAAGGCCCGGCGAAUUGAGCGCUGUCAGAAGGUCCUGGCCAAGCUGGCCGUGGUGUGGAUUGGCUCCAUGGUGCUUGCAGCUCCUGAGCUGCUCCUGUGGCAGCUGCAUCAGGUGACUUCACCUACUCUUGGUGACCAAGUGGACACCUGCAUCAUGAGUCCAUAUCCAGAUCUCCCUGAAUCCAUCUAUUCUCUCAUUAUCAACUACCACGACGCACGCAUGUGGUGGUACUUUGGCUGUUACUUCUGUCUACCUGUUGUCUUCACCCUGCUCUGUCAACUGGCCACCUGUCACGUGUCCGGCGGGAGCGGAAGUUCUCCCAAGCGGCCAGAGGAGCGAUCCCUGUCCAAAAAACAAAAGCUUCAUCACGCUCAUCAGGUCGAACGGCAGCUCAACUGCACAGUCAUGGCUCUAGCGGUGGUCUAUGGUGUCUGUACGCUGCCGGAGAACGUUUGUAAUCUGACCCUGGCGUACGCUCCCAUCCAGGUGUCUGAGGAGGUGUCUUCUCUUCUGGCCCUCAUAAACCAGUUUUUCCUGUUCUUUAAGUCAUCCGUGACGCCAGUGCUGCUGCUUUGCCUGUGUAAAUCUCUGGGACAGGCCUUCAUGGACUGUUGCUGCUGCUGCUGUGAAGAAUGCCAACCAAGCAACUCUUCAUCCACCCAAAAUGUCGCUGAAGGCAAGCUCAAGACCACAAAUGAUGUCUCCUCCAUUUUUUUCGACAAAGCCAAGGACAGUUCAACCAUUUUGUCUAUUGGAAGUUGAGUAGGGGGAUCCUGUCCCUAAGUGAUGACAUCAUGGAACCACACUUGCAACAUAUCUUCUUCCCAUCGUCCACAAGUGGCCAUCUUUACAUUUGCAGUUCUUACUGUUAUGUUGGAGCAAGUUAGCAUUGUUCUGAUCUGAGGCCAGUUUGAAAUUCUACAUGGUUUAAUUACAUUCUAAGCUUGGCAUCUAAAGACUAAUUCAUUCUUAGUUAUGA